ACUCACUCAGCAUCUCCAGAAAGCAGGAGAGCAGGCGGGGACUGUGAAUUCCAAGUGUGCCUCCUUGGAGAAGAUGAAUUUGAAGUUGCAGGGGGAGGUGGAGGAUCUGACAUUGGACGUAGAGAGAGCAAACACAUCAGCAGCUGCCUUGGACAGGAAACAGCAGAACUUUGAUAAGGUCAUGGCAGAAUGGAAGGGGAAGUAUGAGGAAAGCCAGCUGGAGCGGGAAGCUCUCUCUAAAGAAUCGUGCUCGCUGGACACAGAGCUCUUCAAAGUGAAAAAUGCCUACAAGGAAACCUUAGAUCAGCUUGAAACAAUCAAACGGGAGAACAACACUCUCAAGCAGGAAGUAGCUGAUCUGACAGAGCAAAUUACUGCAAAUGGCAAAAUGAUCAGAGACCUUGAGAAAGCCAAAAAGCAAGUCGAAGUAGAAAAAAAUGGGCUGCGAUUAGCUCUGGAGGAGGCAGAGAAGGCAAUGACAGAUGCAGCCAUGAUGGCAGAAAAGCUGAAGAAGGAGCAGGACACCAGUGCCCACCUGGAGAGGAUGAAGAAGAACCUGGACCAGACGGUGAAGGACCUGCAGCACCGUCUGGAUGAGGCCGAGCAGUUGGCCCUGAAGGGAGGCAAGAAGCAAAUCCAGAAGCUGGAGGCCAGGGUGAGUACCACAACUGAACAUGGGAGUCAGAGACACCUUUCUUCUUCAAGUCCUAUGUGA